UCUCUGCAAACAAAAAAAAGCUUGCAAAAAAGUGCUGUUGGGGACAACCAACUUUGCACGGCUCCAGCCAGCAGGGGGCAGGUGGGGAAACCGGCCGAUCGCCCGGGAAAAUUGCACUUUGCACUUUCCCAGGAAUCCUACCAAGGCUCCUCCUCUUCCUCCCUCCCUUCCUUCUUCCAUCCCUCCAUUUCUCCCUCUCUCUCCCUCCCUGUUUCUUUCUCUUCUUAUGUAAGAUCCAUGUGGUUCAGCGCCUAGGCUUGCAAUCUGAAGUCGUCCUUGCAAAUAUAAAUAAACCCUAAGCCAGGAGCUCCUGGUCCCAGUCAGUGAAGCACUUCUUUAGAGCAUAGCUGUCAACUUCGGAAUAGGAUUUUCCUUUAAAAAAGGGGGAAAGUUGACAGCUAUGCCUUAGAGCAAGAUUGCCCUUGUAUGUUUGCAGCCAACUCCAUCACCUUUGCCACAAGUGGCUAAAGCCAGAGACACACCAAGACUCAGAUCCUGGACUUUGCGAUCCUGGAGCAGUUCCUGGCUCUCCUCCUCCCGAAGAUGGAGAACUGGGUGAUGGGAUGCAGAAAGGAGACCAGUUCCCUGGCCAAAGGUUUCCGCCUGAGCCGGGCAGAGGACAUCAAGCAGGAGGAGGAGGAGCAGAUGGUGAAAACAACAGAACCACAGAAUUGCAGAACUGGAGAAUUGGAAGGGGCAUCUAGUCAGACGCCCUGCGAUGCAGGAAUUGCAGUCCUGGUCUUGUGGCCGCCACCCCCAGACAAAAGCCCCUGUUCCGUUGCAAAAAUGAUGGUGACGUUUUCUUCCAGACCGUCUCCUUCUCUGUGUGGAGCAGAAACUGUUUCUGGAGAGCUGCUGAAUCGGGUGCAGGAAGAAGGAAUGGAGAGCUGUGCAGGAUCUGCCCCUUCCCCUCGGCUUCUGGGCCCUGUGACCUUUGAGGAUGUGACCGUGCAUUUCACAGAGGAGGAGUGGGCCCUUCUGGAUCCGGGCCAGAGGGCCUUGCACAGAGAAGUCAUGGAGGAGAAUUACAGGAAUCUGGCCUCUCUGGGUGAUGAGAGGGAGAGCAGUGAAGAGAAUGAACCCCAGGGAAUUAAAACUGAAGCAGAAGAGAAUUUGAGGAAGGACACUGUUGUUCCAGACGGUGCUGGCUUCAAUGAAACUCUGAUGUUGGAAAAACAUCAUACAGGCAAGAAACAGGAAAACGCCUCUCCUUGUGUAAGAAACCCAGCUAGAAUAUUGAAUCCCAGCACCCUUGGAAGAAAACAUAAUGGGGAUAAACUGUUUCAAUGUUCAGAGUGUGAAAGGAGCUUCAAGUACAAGUCACUUCUUCAUCUACAUGAAAGAAUCCACACAGAAGGGAAACCCUAUAAAUGUUCAGAGAACAGAAAGAGUGUCCGUCUGAGCUCCAAGCUUCCUGCUCAUCAACAAAUCCACACUGACGGGGAACCAUAUAAGUGCUCAGUGUGUGGAAAUAACUUCGCUGAUAGCAAUAAACUGUCUAAACAUGAAAGAAUCCACACAGAAGGGAAACCACAUAAAUGUUCAGAGUGCGGAAAGUGUUUCCGACAGACCUACAACCUUUUUAAUCAUCAAAGAAUCCACACUGGAGAAAAACCAUAUAAAUGCUCAGAGUGUGGAAAGAGCUUCACAGACCGUAGUGGCCUUACUCGUCAUCAGAGAACCCACACAGGAGAGAAACCACAUAAAUGUUCCAAUUGCGGAAAGUGCUUCAGCCGCUACAGUCACCUUCUUAGUCAUCAAAGAAUCCACACAGGGGAGAAACCGUAUAAAUGCUUGGAGUGUGGAAAGGGCUUUGCUCAGAGCUCUGCGCUUCUUUCUCACCGAAAAGUCCACUCAGGAGAGAGACCGUUUAAAUGUUCUGAGUGCGAAAAGUGUUUCCGUCUGAGCUCCAAACUUCUUGAUCAUCAGAAAAUCCACACUGGAGAAAAACUAUAUAAGUGCUCAGUGUGUAAAAGCAGCUUUGCGUACAAGAGACACCUUUCCUUACACGCAAGAAUUCACACAGGAUAAACUAUAUAAAUGCUUAGAGUGUGGAAAGAGCUUCACUUAGAGCUGUGUGCUGUUAAAUAAAGAAUCCAUUCUGGAGGGAAA